AUGACUAAAAGCGCAACAGAGGCUUUCACCGGGAAGACCGAAAGCCAGGUCGUUUCACUACUUAAUAGUAUGGCUAAGGAUAUUACUGAAGCCCUAGAGGGAAUCCUUGGAGGCGAAAACAAGACACUUGCUAAGAUUCGCAAUGACAUUCCGGAAAUCGAGGAGUACGCGGAGCUAGUCAGUGCGGGUGGUUGCGAUGGGGAUAAACUCUUUGAGCACCGGGACGAAGACACUCGGACAAAGUGGGUCGAGCAGUACGAUGAAAGGGUUCAGAAUGCAGAGAAACUUGAAAUCGAUUUCGAGUAA